GGUUGUAAGACGUAAACACAAUCUGCUGCUUGGCUAAUGUCUAUGUCUCGCAUUUGUAAGAAGAAACCUGCUAUGUGCACAGAUGAACCACUUUCAGACAGUAACAUCUGCCAAAAGAUAGCUCUUUUGAGAAAUAUACUCAGUACUGCCUAUGGACCUACUGGCAGACUGAAACAAAUACACAACAAUGUUGGGGGUCACGUCUUGACCACUUCAACCUCUACAGCGCUGCUCAAGCGAGUAGAUAUGUCUGAGCCGCUUCUCAAACUGAUCUCAACUUCUGUUCAACAUCACACCGCACGUUACAGUGACUGUGGGCUGUUUAUGGGGAUUUUCAUGCUGAGACUUAUUGAAAAUACUCAAAAAUAUAACCUAAGAACAGUUGUGGCAGCCAAGUCAUACAAACAUCUUGUGGAAGAAUGCAACCUGUAUCUUAAAGGAGACUCUUGUGGUUGUAAGGUCUCUGUAGACUUCAGCAGCUGUGACUCACUCGUUGCCCUGGCCCGCAGCAUGAUCACCAGCAAACCAGCCUGCAUGUUGAAUAGCAGGGAGACACAGCAUAUCAGUUCACUGAUCGCACAGGCCUUUCUGUAUUCAAUCCCUUGCAACUCUCCUGAUGUGGCCUGCUUUGGAAGGACAGUUACCAUCGGCAUUGAGGGCCAACCGGUGAGCGAUUCUUCUGUUUUCCCUGGACUGCUGGUGGAUGUCCCUGAGAUGCUUCAACCUGCAGAUCUCAAGAGACUGGGAUCUGGUCCAUUUAAAGUGGUGGUUUUCAGUGCAUCACUGUCAGGUGAUAUGUCUGAGGUUGGAGAUGUAACAUUGGAGAUCCAUAGGGGAGUGGACCUAGAGCUUGAUCUCCUUCAGCAGCUCUUGAAGCUUGGGGAACAAGUUGUUAAGGACAAAGUGAGCUUAUUUGCUUGUCAGAAAGUAGUACAUCCAGUCCUUCAGCACUACUUCAGGGAACAUGGAGUGGUGGUGAUAGAGAGGCUUGGACUUGCCCUAAUGGAGCCGUUUAUCCAGAUAUCAGGUGCUCGGGCUGUUGCUUCUCCUUGCUCUCCAGUCCCGGCUGAAGCUUACGGACUGGUUAGAGGAUUCUGUUUCCAGUCAUGUGGAUCCAGAGAGCUGCUCCAUCUUCUUCCUUCUGAAGAUGCUGCAAUUAGCACCUUGGUACUUUGCCACAGAAAUGAAACUAUGCUUGAAGAACUGAAGAUGACAUGCCAGAGAGCAGAACAUGUGUUGCGACUGACUCUGAGGGAGCCCUACGCCCUGCUUGGAGGAGGCUGCACAGAGACACUGCUGGCCACCCACAUCACACACAUGAAUCAGUCCACAGCCACAACAACAGCUGCAGCUCUGGGAGUCUCUCACUCUGAGUUUAUCAUGGCAGUCAAGGCAUUCUGUAGCUCUCUGCACGCUGUGGCUCUUUCCUUAGAGCAUGACGGGCAGGACUGUCUCAUUGACCUGACAUAUGCUCACCGAUGGGUCCCAGAUAUCUACCCCCAAACCAGUGCUAGGCAAACCUGUGGCUGUGGUCUGGUGGAAGACAGAUCCGACUUGGAGAAGACCCCACUAAAUACAGCGUGCCACACUGUGUCUCCUGUUUUCCUGGAAAACACUGACAAUCGGCCCAGAAUAUUAGACUCGUUUUCUGCCAAGCUCAAUGCUUUGAAUGUGGCGGUCGAGAUGGCUAAUUUUGUUCUUGAUGUAAAAUAUAUAAUAAAGGAUAUCAAUUGAAUUAUGAUGAAUGAACUGUGCUUAAAUAAAGAUUCUAGGUUUGAUAUAUU